AUGGCUAAGGAGAGCAAGCCCUGGUACCUUCAGAAUGACGGUAUAAUGUUGGAACAUUAUCUGCCUCCCACCGAUUUGCACAAAGCAAAUAUUGAAAAGACCUUCUACCAGAAAUAUUCACGAAGCUUAAAAACCAUGAUUCCCAUCCGCUUAAGAGCAAGGUCUUGCAAGAAUCCAGUGGACAAUGCUGGACUUUUCUCCUUUGCUACGUAUUCUUGGUUUUCCUCGCUAAUGCUCCAAGGAUACCGGCACAAAAUCAACACCGCGACGAUGCCUCCUCUCUCUUACUACGACAGUGCUGAACCGAACGCCAGAAGAUUCCGAUUCCUCUGGGAAGCUGAGAUCGCCAAAGUCGGACUGGAGAAAGCUUCCUUAGACAAAGUCUUCUUUCAGUUUCAAAGGACGAGGAUUUUCAUGGACAUAAUUGCUAAUAUUUUUUAUGCCAGUUUUGGUAUUUUGGGGCCAACCCUGGUCUUCCAUAACAUUCUCCAGUACACCAACAAAGAUUCAAAGGACUUGCUGGAGGGUAUCGGCCUCUGCAUGGCCCUUUUUUUCACCGAAUUUUCAAAAGUUGUGUUGUGGUCAUUGACAUGGGCUAUCAACUAUCGCACGGCUGUCCGGGCCAAAAUUGCUGUGACCACCAUCGCUUUUGAGAACCUGUUGACUUGUAAGUCCUUGAAACACAAGUCUUUAAGCAAGUUGAUUAAUUUCUUAGCCAACGAUGGUUUUCGGAUAUUCGAAGCUGCUUUGUUCGGCCCCAUGCCCAUGUUGGCGCCUCUGCUGAUCGUGGUUUGCACCAUCUAUUCCUGUGCCCUCCUCGGUCCGACAGCUCUGAUAGGAACAUUCAUUUAUGUUACAUUUAUACCGUUGCAGAUGUUGAUGGGCAAAUUAACAUCUGUUUUACGAAGACGCUCUAUUUUGCUGACCGACAAACGCGUGCGAAUCAUGACCGAGGUGCUGACGUGCAUUAAGCUCAUCAAAAUGUAUGCCUGGGAAAAAUCUUUUGCAAAAAUUAUCACAGGCGUCAGGGAAGCAGAAAGAAAAACGCUGCAAAAGGCAGGAUACGUCCAGAGCGUGAACUCGGCUCUUAUCCCGGUUGUUUCCACGCUAACCAUUGUUAUGCUGUUUUCCUUCCACACCCUGUUAAAGCGCGAACUGACAGCUGCUGUUGCCUUCAACGUGAUUUCAGUGUUUAACACCAUGAGGUUUUCAAUUGCCAUUUUGCCAUUUUCAGUGAAAGCCCUGGCAGAAGCCAGCAUCGCCUUAAAAAGGUUGAAGAAAAUUCUCACUAUGAAAACGCCUUCCGCCUAUGUGACGACCCUGCAAGACUCCAGAAACGCUGUGAUGCUGAAAGACGUCACCUUAUCUUGGGAAAGUGCUUCUGGUGAACCCCACAGGAAAAAUGGGAAAGAAAGACUUAUGAAUGGGAAAAGGGUCUGCAAAUACCCUCCAAGGGUAGAUGCGGUCAUUUCUCACUCGCGGAUAUCAAUGGUUGGGAGCGAUAUCGACUGCAGCUUCGUCCUGCGGAAUAUAAGUUUCAUAGUAGAGAAAGGCAAAGUUUUGGGUAUUAGUGGCAAUGUUGGAAGUGGGAAGACCUCAAUCCUUAAAGCCGUAUUAGGGCAGAUGUAUCUGUAUCAUGGGAAUGUCGUUGUAAAUGGCACUUUGGCAUAUGUGUCCCAGCAAGCAUGGAUAUUUUAUGGAAAUGUGAGGGAUAACAUCCUGUUUGGAGAAGACUACGAUGAACAAAGGUACAACCAUAUCAUCAACAUUUGCAAUCUCAAGACAGACCUGGAGCGUUUAUCCUACGGAGAUAUGACUGAAAUAGGAGAAGGGGGUGUGACCCUUUCUGGAGGUCAGAAGCAGAGAAUUAAUUUAGCUCGUGCUCUGUAUGCAAACCGAGAUAUUUAUUUAUUGGACGACCCUUUGUCCGCUGUGGAUGCUCAAGUUGGAAAGUCUAUAUUUGAAGAAUGCAUUAAGAAAGCUCUUAAAGAGAAAACCAUCCUGCUGGUAUCUCAUCAACUGCAGUAUCUGCAGUUUUGUGAUCAAAUCAUCUUGUUGGAAGAUGGGGAGAUGUUGGAAAGUGGCUCCCACGCACAGCUGUUGAAAGCCAAGGGCCGUUACGCUCAACAUUUUUAUAACCAGCGUUCAGAAGACGUCAUUAUUGCAGACAACCAAUUUCUUUCAGCAUCGUCAGAUGAAUCAAUGAAAAAGAAAGACAUCCAGGCUCACGAUUCAGACAUCUCUGCCACAGAACUGAAAGUUCCUGAUUUUGAUGAGUAUGAUGAUUCAGAGACUAAGAAAGACCUUCAAGAAGGAACAAGCAGAAGUCUUGAUAAGCCUGAUGAUACAGAGACUAAGAAAGACCUUGAAAAAGGAACAAUCACAAGUCUUGAUGAGUCUGAUGAUACAGAGACUAAGAAAGAUCUUGAAAAAGGAACAAUCACAAGUUUUGAUAAGCCUGAUGAUACAGAGACUAAGAAAGACCUUGAAAAAGGAACAACCACAAGUUGCAGCGCGAAUAAAUGCUUGGUGAUUUCUGCCACAGCCCCAGAAGACCAGCUGAUUCAAAAAGAGGAGAAGGCGGAAGGUUGGAUCAAAUGGAAAACCUACCAUACUUAUAUCAAGGCAUCUGGAGGUUUUCUAUUGUGGUUUAUCAUCAUUCUUCUCUUUUUUCUGAUGAUUGCCAGCGCAGCUUUCAGCAACUGGUGGUUGAGUUUCUGGCUAAACCAAGGAUCUGGGAACACGACCUGUAGCCGUCCUCCUCAAAACACAACCUGCGAUGAGGGCAGCAUCACCAAAAAUCCUCAGCUUCACUUCUACCAGCUGGUCUAUGGGAUGAGUGUGGUUGCCAUGAUUAUCCUGAGUUUCAUCAAAGGUUAUGGUUUCACUAAGUUGACCUUACGAGCUGCCUCCAACCUCCAUAACACCAUGUUUUCCAAGAUCUUGAAGAGUCCAAUGAAUUUCUUUGAUACCAAUCCCACCGGCAGAAUCAUGAACCGUUUCUCUAAGGAUAUGGACGAAGUGGACACGCGAUUGCCGUUUUACCUUGAGAACCUCCUGCUGCAGUUUUUCGGACUCCUGGGCAUCUUUACAAUUGUCACCAUCGUCUUCCCUUACCUCCUCAUCAGCAUGGCUGUCCUAACGAUCAUCUUCAUUCUGCUCUUCCAUAUUUUUCAGAACACCAUCCAAGAUCUCAAACGAAUUGAGAACCUCAGCAGAUCUCUGUGGCUCUGCUUGAUCACCUCUUCAAUCCAAGGUCUUAGUACGAUCCGUGCCUUCAACAAGACAGAAGACUACAUAAAUCGUUUUAGGAUCUUGAAUAAUGAAAACUCAAACCAUUUCCUCAUGUUUAACUAUGCGCUGCGAUGGUUUGCAUUGAGGACAGAUAUUCUCAUGAACUUCAUGACCUUGAUUGUAGCCCUGUGUGUGGUCCUCAGCCAUUCUUCCAUCAGUACUGCAGAAAAAGGCUUGGCUCUAUCUUAUUCUCUCCAGCUAAGUGGACUUCUUCAGGUAUGUGUGAGAUCGUUCAUCGAAGUACAAGCCAGACUUACUUCGGUGGAGCAGAUAACUGAAUACAUUGUGAAAUGCACUCCUGAGGGAUCAGAGAUCUCUCCAGGGAUCACCCCUCCUCCAGGCUGGCCCGAUCAGGGAGAAAUCAUUUUUAAGAACUAUCAGAUGAAAUACCGAGAAAAUAGUCCCAUUGUACUCCAUGACAUCAACAUUCAUAUUCAUGCUAAAGAAAAAAUUGGGAUCAUUGGACGGACAGGUUCAGGAAAGUCUUCUUUAGGGGCUGCUCUGUUUCGGCUCGUGGAACCAACAUCUGGCACAAUCAUCAUUGAUGGCAUCGAUUACUGCAAUAUUAGCCUGGAAUCUUUACGUUCAAAGCUGUCCAUCAUUCCGCAAGAUCCUGUUCUGUUUGUAGGUACAAUAAGAUACAACUUAGAUCCUUUUCUUAACCACACUGACGAUCAAAUUUGGCAAGCUCUGAACCAAACCUUUAUGGCGAGCAAGAUUUCCAAACUACCAGGAAAGCUGGAGGCAGAAGUGAUCGAAAACGGGGAAAAUUUUUCAGUGGGGGAACGGCAGCUCCUCUGUUUGGCGAGAGCCCUCCUGAGAAACGCAAAAAUUAUCCUUCUCGACGAAGCCACCGCUUCCAUUGAUUCCGAGACAGAUGCGCAGGUCCAGAGGGCCAACCAAGAAGCAUUAGUAAACUGUACAGUUUUGACGAUAGCGCAUCGCUUAAACACCAUUCAAGAGUGCGACCGUAUUUUAGUGAUGGAUAAAGGCAAGGUGGUUACCUUUGGCAAGCCGAACAAGAUAUUAAAACAUCCCAGUUUUCAUUUGCCCGACUCUUAG